AUGACCACCGUUACCAUAACGCAAAGGUACAGGAAACAAGGAGUAGAAGUGACCAUAGUUCCUCUUAGCAUUACAUCUAAUAACCUAAUUAAGGAAUUUUUACUUACCACACCCAAAAGCUUUGAUUCAGAAAGUUUGGAGGUCCUAGUGCCCAAGAGAAGGAUUCUUUCACAAGGGAGCAAUGGAUUAGAAGCCGACAUUGGCGGAGAUGCAAGAAACAAAUGGAAACGCAAGAGGCGUUUUGAGGUCUAUGCGGGGAGCUGCUCCUUCCUGAUGACCAGCCUAGAUGCAAGGGGUAAAGUUCCAGGAGCUGCGAAGACUUUGCCUGGAUUUGGAGAAAGGGGCGGAGUACUGAGCGCGCUGCCCGACCACUCGCCGCUGCUGCAGCCGGCCCUGGCCGAGCUGCGGUGCCGCGCGCGGGCAGCGGGCGCUCCGCCCGCGUCGCUCACCGACUCCUUCCUGCUGCGCUUCCUGCGCGCCCGAGACUUCGACCUGGACCUGGCCUGGCGGUUACUAAAAAACUAUUAUAAGUGGAGAGCAGAAUGUCCAGAAAUAAGUGCAGAUCUACACCCCAGAAGUAUUCUUGGCCUUCUGAAGGCUGGCUACCUCGGAGUCCUGAGAGAGAGAGACCCCACGGGCAGCAAAGUUCUCAUUUACAGAAUCGCACACUGGGACCCCAAAGUUUUUACGGCUUAUGAUGUAUUUCGUGUAAGUCUUAUCACAUCCGAGCUUAUUGUACAGGAGGUAGAAACCCAACGUAAUGGUAUCAAGGCUGUCUUUGAUUUGGAAGGCUGGCAUUUUUCUCACGCUUUUCAAAUUACCCCAUCUGUAGCCAAGAAGAUUGCUGCUGUUCUUACAGAUUCCUUUCCAUUAAAAGUUCGUGGUAUCCAUUUGAUAAAUGAGCCAAUAAUUUUCCAUGCUGUCUUUUCCAUGGUUAAACUAUUCCUGACUGAAAAAAUCAAGGGACGGAUUCAUAUGCACGGGACUAAUUACAAAGAAAGCUUACUUCAGCAUUUCCCAGGCAUUCUUCCUCUGGAAUAUGGUGGCGAAGAUUUCUCCAUGGAGGACAUUUGUCAGGAGUGGACAAAUUUUAUCAUGAAGUCUGAAAAUUAUCUCAGCAGUAUUUCACAAACAGUUCUUACGUAGAAGUUAUUAAUGUGAAUGGCUUCCUAAUUAAAAAUAAGUGUUAGUACACUUAAAAGCAUGGAAGAGACUUCCUGAUUUUUACACUUGGAAGUUAUCUCUGAAGUAGCUAUUCAUGUGCAUCUUUGUGUUUCUAAAAAGUUUCAUUUUAAACAAGUUCUCUGAGUACACCAAUUUAGAAACAAAUGUAUAAUAAUCUACUGAGAAGAAUUAUUAGCACAAAUCAACAGAUGAUAAAAAUCUGUUAACACUCAUUUUGGGUGAGUGUCAGAUUAAAAUGUGAAUAUGGUUUUACAGGGUUAUUUCUGUAAGCCAGCAAGAUAAUUUAUCUCAGGAAAAUUCUAUUUUAACAUAUUCGCACAAUAGAAACUCCUAUUGAAGAGUCUAAAUGUCAUAUAUUAUUGUAUGUAGCACUUAUAGGCCUCUGAAAUUACUCAUGUUAAUACAAUCCAUAACCAAAAAUAAUUUGGGAAAUAUUUCAGGCACAGUAAAUGUGUUCUUAAUACUGUGUCUGCAUUUCCGAACAAAUCAAGAAUAUAAUUUUGAUAUCUGUUUUUGGUUAUUCUUAUCGUGACUACGUAGAGAUUUAGAGAUGGAAUAAUAUUUAGUUGCCGUAUACGUGGACUCUAUUUUUAAUGGAACAACAGCACAACUACACAAGGAAAAGGAUAUGUUUACAUUUUUAAAA